UAGCGACGGGUUGAGGAACCCUCAACUUGAAAGUAGUAGAAUGAUGUGAAACCGACGGAUUGCCUUUCCCUGGGCUGAUUCGCUCCCUCGCGCUUCACCUCGCAUUCACUUGUGCGUUCAAUGUCGGAAAACUCCCAUACCCUCAAGAUGGGAACAGCAACCAAAUUUCACCCAGAGUUUGUUAUGACUUGUGGGUACCGGAACACACUUUGUCACUACUUAAUUUACAGCACUGUCACUCCCUUCCAACUCCGGCUACGAAAUCAGCAAGUACGGCCUCAACCUCGCAACUUCCCUUUUUAACAUGGCGGAUAUGGAGGAUGACUUUCUGUUCGAUUCAAAAGAUUAUGACAACUCAGUAUCCACAUUCUUGCUCAAUUCCACCGCAUUCUCAGACGUCAACAUGGAUCUCAUCGCUAGAUUCAACUCGAAGAAAGGACGCAUCGGCACUAAAACCUUAGCCCCGCAAGACAAUGACACCGUCUUAACGAAAGACCGGCGAUGCGGCCGUCUCGUUUAUAAGCCUGCAGUCGCCGUCGAAUCUGGCGAAUCCUCCAGGACGACCGACAAAAACGACAUCUAUACUACGGUCGCAGAUUACGUCAUUACACCUCAGCUAGCAUAUUUCCACGUAAACGUUCCUCUAUUUGACUCUGGGGUUGUCAAUUUCGACAAGAUCGGUAUUCUCUACGAAUUUCUAAACGGCUUCUACAUAGUCUACGAAAGCUUGCAACCUCAAACAGGGCGACCGACGAUACACCGCGCAUGGAUGCCACAGAGUGGCGUUGGGUCUUAUCUUAAGGCAGAGUGGCUCUCGCUCCCGAAGAUUCAAGUCGGUCCAUACGGCGCAGGCGUGCCUACGAGCGAUGGGUGGUGGAACGUUCACAGCACUACGAUACAGUAUCUAAGGCUGAGCUGUCUGAUGAAAGCUCAGGAGAUAGAAUUGGAGGUAUGCAAGGCGAAAGAAGAGAAACGUCAAGAGGUGAACUUAAGGCGGUGCGUUGAUGUGCUAGGAGUUCAGUUUGGGCGGAUCAUCGAUGCGCUAUACGGAACAAGGCGGGUCCAGGAAGCGGAGGCGGCGAAAGCGACUGAGAAGUUCAUGGAGGAGUUUAUGGAUUUUGAUUUUUGAGCAUGGAAGAUUUUGGGGUUGGGCUAUUCCCGGCUUGGAGUUCUGUAGAGGGCUGGGUGUUUGGCUCAACUAGUAAUACUACUAUUUAUCCGUCUUAGGUACGAC